CAAUGAACACUUUUGAAAAGAGUGAUGUGUUAAAAAAAGGGAAAAAUCUGAAGUCCCAAACGGGGCCUAUAUAAUCAGGAACAGGAAGAAGAAUGGUGAGGUCGCAGAAGAUUGAUUUGUUGAAGGAAGAGCUUCCGGUGGAGCAGGAAUCUUUGGUUGUGUCAGGAGACGUUAAAACUGGUCUGGUUAUCGUCGACGUCGUCAAUGGCUUCUGCACAGUCGGAGCUGGCAAUUUGGCUCCAACAGCGCCCGACAAACAAAUUUCUGGAAUGGUCGAUGAGACAUUGAGGCUUGCCACAGUGUUUUGUGAUAAUAAAUGGCCUGUUCUUGCUUUUCUAGAUUCUCAUCACCCUGAUAUCCCAGAGCAUCCCUAUCCUCCUCACUGUAUAGCAGGAACAGAUGAAUCAAAAUUGGUUCCUGCUCUGCAGUGGUUGGAACAUGAACCAAAUGUAACUCUUAGAUGCAAGGAUUGCAUUGACGGGUUUAUCGGUUCUAUUGAGAAAGAUGGUUCCAAUGUGUUUGUAGAUUGGGUGAAAACCAACCAGAUCAAAGUUAUAUUGGUUGUAGGGAUAUGCACGGACAUCUGCGUCCUAGAUUUUGUCUGUUCUGCUCUCUCUGCAAGGAAUCAUGGUUUUCUCACCCCUCUGGAGGAUGUGAUUGUUUAUUCUCGCGCUUGUGCUACUUUUGAUCUUCCAGUUCAUGUUGCCAGAAACAUCAAAGGCAUUGCUCAUCCACAGGAACUGAUGCAUCAUGUAGGCCUUUACAUGGCCAAGGGAAGGGGAGCCAAGGUGGUGUCACAAGUGUCAUUUUGAUGUGCAUGAGGAAACCAUGACCUUAAACUGGUGUCUGUCUGUUGAAUCUGCAAUUCAAACUCUAUCAAGUUUGGAGGGGAAGCUCUUCCACUAAUAGAUUAAUGCUUUUAUAUUAUUGUCAAUAUAUCAGUAUACUAUUUGUAGUUUUACAUGUGUUUGGGUUGGUUUGCUACUUACAAUAAUUACUUCGAAGUGGAUUUGAGAACGUAGUAACCUCUGUGAAAUAUGUUAAAAGUUGGUGUUUGUUGGUUCAGAAUUCCACAUCAAUGCUGUUUUAUUUACACACCAAUGAUGCUGGUUCGUGUCUGUCUGUAAGCAACAUAGCAUUUCGUCAUAGUUGCAACCAACAAUAAUAUAACAUAUACAUAUAUGUAAAUCCCCUCUCCGUGGAAUUAUUCUUUGCA